UUGUAACAAAAAGAAGACGUAACCUACAAAAUUCUGGAAUUGUUAGAAAAUUUCUAUUAAACAAAAAUUGUUUAUAUAUCUAAUAUGAGUUUACCUACUGAUUUUGGACCGGAUUCCGGAGGUCGAAUGAAGGGUGUUUGUAUUGUUAAACCAAUUGUAUAUGGCAAUAUCGCAAGAUAUUUCGGUAAAAAGCGGGAAGAAGAUGGCCAUACCCAUCAGUGGACUGUAUAUGUUAAACCUUACAACAAUGAAGAUAUGUCUGCUUAUGUUAAAAAGGUUCAUUUCAAAUUGCAUGAAAGUUAUGCCAAUCAAAAUCGAAUUGUAGUCAAACCUCCAUAUGAAAUUAGCGAAACCGGAUGGGGCGAAUUUGAAAUUGUUAUUAAAAUCCAUUUUCAUGACCCAAAUGAAAGACCAGUUACAAUGUAUCACAUACUCAAACUCUUUCAUUCGGGAAAUACACAAGAUAUUGGAAUAGAACAAAAUAAAGGUUUAGUAUCGGAAAGUUAUGAUGAAAUUGUAUUCCAAGAUCCUACUCAACUUAUGCACCAUUUGUUGACAAAUACCAAACCUCUAACAUUAGGCAGGUGGGAGCACAAUACAGACUUUGAAAAUCGCAAAGAUAAAACUUUGAAAGCGAUCAUUGAAGCCAAACAGAAAAUAAAAUCAGAAAUAGCUAUUUCAAAAACCAAACUGAAGCUUGCCAAGGAAACUAUUCAACAGUUUAAAGAAGAAAUUGCUAAAGUCCAGAAUGGUCAGUACACAAUGUAA